AACACCUUUGUUAUGGUUCCUAAAAUUCACAAGGUGGAAAUUCCAUAUAGUCCAUGCUAAUGCAUGAUCAUCCAUGCACCAAAUCCUUGCAGAAAUAUAUGUAUUACUACAUCAAUUAGAAUUGUACCACAAAGAUCAAGAACAAAUUAAAGAACUAAGAAAAAUGGCUCAACAAGCAAGGUUUAUGGAAGGAGCAAAUAAAGGUAAUCUGAUAGAAUAUCUUAUGAAAACAGGUCAUGGAGUGAAAGGUUUAUCAGAGACAGAAAUGGGGGAGUUACCAGAGCAGUACAUACAGCCUGAAUCAGAAAGACCUGGUAACAUGAAGAUAAUGGAAGAGUCGUGUUCGAUACCAAUCAUUGACGUUUCCAAGUGGGAAGAUCCAAGUGUGGUAACAUCAGUAUGUGAUGCUGCUCAAAAGUGGGGAUUUUUCCAGAUAAUCAACCAUGGAGUGCCUCUUGAGGUACUUGAGAAUGUGAAACAAGCAACUCUCAUGUUCUUUCGCUUGACGCCAGAGGAGAAAAAGAAGUAUCUCAAGGAGAAUUCUCCAAGCAAUCAUGUGAGGUUAAGUACUAGCUUUAUCCCUGAUGCUGAGAAUUCCUUGGAAUGGAAGGAUUACUUGAGCCUCUUUUAUGUUUCUGAACAUGAGGCUCUUUCUAUUUGGCCUACUGUAUGCAGGGAUCAACUUCUGGAUUACAUAAGGAAGUGCCAACAAGUUUUAAUUAAGCCACUGGCACAAAUCUUGAUGAAGGGACUCCACAUAACUGAUACGAAUGAGAAAAGAUGGUCACUUCUUACAGGUUCCAAAAGGAUCAAUCUCAACUAUUAUCCAAAGUGUUCGCAACCUGAGCUCACAGUGGGAGUAGGGCGGCACUCUGACGUGUCCACUUUCACCAUACUCUUGCAGGAUGAUGUUGGUGGGCUCUAUGUUCGAGCACCCGAUGGAGAAAGGUGGGUCCAUGUGCCACCUAUCCCUGGGGCGCUUGUGAUCAACAUUGGUGAUGCCCUGCAAAUCAUGAGCAAUGGCAAGUAUAAAAGCAUUGAACACCGUGUGAUAGCUAAUGAAAGUAAAGACAGGAUUUCCAUUCCCUUGUUUGUGAACCCCAAGCCAACUGACUUGAUCGAACCUUUCGAGGAAGUUUUGGAGGAGAGUGGUGAAAAACCUAAGUACAAGAAGGUGCUUUACUCUGAUUACACUUUGUGCUUCUACAGGAAGCCUCAUGAUGGCAAGGAUACCCUUCAAUUUGCCAAGAUAUAA